AUGCCGAACGCUAUCACGAGCCAAUAAGAUGCGGCAACCUGACAGUUUAUACGCCUACCUGGUGUGCUUCUGUGGCGUUCUCUGCAAUUUGAUUAUGUUUGGCUGUUCCUACUCAUUUGGUCUUCUUUUUCCAUUACUUUUGGAAGAGUUUAAAGAGGGAAAAGCUAAAACAACCUGGGUAGGUUCUCUGGCAUACGGAUCCACAGGCAUCUUCGGCCCUUUAGUGGGGCUUCUCUGUGAUCGGUUCAACCCUCGUGUAAUUGCGUUUUUUGGCGGCGUCAUCUCCACCGUUGCGCUCGUAGUGACGUCACGAGCACCAAACCUGACUUUAAUGUACUUUUCCUACGGGAUCCUUUAUGGGUUUGGAUCAUCGUGUGUGUUCUUUGUUGUUUUGAUCAUCUUACAAAGGUACUUUAUAAAGAGGCGCUCGUUUGUAACGGGACUUGCUGUGACUGGACCCGGUGGAGGAUUGCUUAUUAUGAGCCCUGUCAUUCAGGCCCUCUUGAAUAACACUUCAUGGAGAAUGACCUUCAUGUUCAUGGCAGCAAUCGUGUUUUUGACUUGCAUUUUGUCGUGUUCUUUUGACCCAAACGUCGCCACCAGAAGUGAACCCGAAGAGACUCAGAGAAAUAGCGAGCGAGAGUUACAGAGAAGUUCAUGUUUAAAUGUUUCAUAUUUGAGAAAUAAGGAGUACCUGGUGUACUUAGUGGCAAGUAGCACCGUAUUCCUUGGUAUUGCCAUUCCAAUAGUUCAUUUGGGUCGUUACUGCCAAGAGCACGGAAUUGAUCGAAAUAAAGUGGCGCAAAUGUUUUUCUUUAACGGACUAGCAUCGACCAUCUUUAGAGCCAUCACUGGUCGCCUGUGUGAAUUUGGGAGGAAUGUUCCGAUCUGGAUCAUGAGGUUUACAGUUCUUGUCUCCGGGACUUUGGUGAUCUUAAUGACAUUAUCGUCCACAUUUUAUCCGCUUCUAGCAUGUUUUGUUGUAUAUGGGAUGAUGGACGGUGCUAUUGCUUCAUCGAUGAAUAUUCUAGUUUUGUCCACAUUAUCCACGAAACAGAAGUCUCAGGGAAUUGGUUUUUUUCAUUUAUGUGUGGCAGUUACACUGGUGGCCGGUCCCCCUUUGGGAGGAUUCAUCGCUGAUUUGCGUGGAUCGUACAUCCCUGCCUUUUACACAGCAGGAUCGCUUCAAAUUUUUGCAGUUGGGAUUCUCUUCUUAUCUCACUGUGGCAAGAACGGUUAUUUUCAGACAACACAGAUUGUAGUGCGAAGGACAAAAAUCUAUUCGCUAUCAAGCAGCCAAGCGUUUAUGGAGGGACCAGAGGGUGAUAGUUUUCUGCUGACAAAGGAGGUCAUCAAGGAACAGAGAAGAGGAUGCAAUGAUUUCAAGCGGAUUUCGCGAUAUUUGGGGGAAUGUAAACAGCCUGACAGCCCGUAUGCUUAUUUUGUAUGUUUCUGUGGGUUUCUAUGCAUUUUGAUCGCCAUCGGCUGUUCGUAUUCAUACGGUCUUCUAUUCCCAGUGCUACUGCACGAAUUCAAAGAAGGAAAAGCCAAGACAGCUUGGGUUGGUUCUCUGGCGUAUGCAUGCAGCAGUCUAUUCGGACCAGUUGUAGGACUUCUUUGUGAUCGAUUCAACCACCGUACAGUUGGUAUUGCAGGGGGUAUUAUCUCUACCAUGGCCCUCCUUGCUACUUCGCAAGCUCCAAAUCUAACUCUGAUGUACUUCACGUUUGGCGUUGCGUUUGGCUUUGGAAAUUGCUGUAUCUUCUUUGUUGUGCUAACUAUAAUGCCCAAGUACUUCAUCAAAAGGCGCUCGUUAGCAACAGGGCUCGUUCUUAUGGGGUGUGGAGGGGGAUUAAUUGUAAUGAGCCCCAUCAUUCAGGCCUUGUUGACAGUGAGCUCAUGGAGAAUCACAUUUAUUGCCAUGGCAGGGAUGUUGUUCGUGACUUGCAUAUUGUCUUGUUCAUUCGACUCGAAGAUUGGGGACAACGAUAAGGACAGCACUGAUCAAGACAAGCAGCCGAACAAGUUGUGCCCUACGUUAGAUUUUUCAUAUCUGAGAAAUAAGCAGUUUGUUAUCCAUCUAAUUGGAAGUAUCACGUGUUUUUGCGGAAUCACAGUUCCUUUGGUUCACAUGGCAGAGUACUGUCAAGAACGUGGAAUUGACGCAAACCGCGCAUCUAUGAUGUAUUUUUGGAACGGAAUAGUGACAGUUAUUUUGAGGGCAUUAACGGGUUCCGUGUGCGACAGGAACAAACUGUAUCCAAGGCUAAUUAUGCAAGUGGCAGUUUUCGUUGCCGGAGCAACUACAAUCCUAACCACCUUAACGCAGUCGUACACCGAACUAUUGAUCUGUUUUGUCGCUUACGCUGUUGCCGACGGGGCUAUAGUCACUUCAAUGAACAUCUUGGCUUUGGCAGCACUUUCCCCAAAACAACGCUCUCAAGGAUUUGGAUUUUUCCAUUUCUGUAUUGCGUUCGCUUUAGCAGUGGGCCCCCCUUUCGGAGGUUUUCUUGCCGACUUCUCCGGAUCAUACUCCCUCACAUUCUAUGUAGCAGGAGCGUUCCACGUGUUAGCUGGUUGUAUUCUGCUCUUGUCACACUGUGUUUCAAGUCCCAAUGUCGCUCAGGAACACUCUAAGCAACUUUCACCACACGAGCAAUGUCUAAUUGUUGAUGUUGUAACAGUAUUAUGAGAUUUUGCCUAUAAACCGGUUGUAGUUUUAACCAAAGAGAGAAACUUUUAAGAAAAAAAAUUAU